UGUGUGCAUGUUGAAGACUUCACUUCUUCCAGGAAGUAGUGAGAGACAAAUGCAGUUGCUUCAGAGAGCUGCAGUUCAAAAGCGCAUGGGAUGCCACGGUCGUAAGGCCUCUCUAGGUUUUACCACUCCUCUCCAGCAUGAUCAACACCUACCAGACCAGCCUGGCUCCACCGCCGGUGCCUCCGCGCCUCAGCAGGUCCCAAACGGUCCUUAUCCCCGCUCCACUGCCAUCACCGAGCCACACCAAGGUUCUCAUCCGCUUUUUGGUUGGUGUAGUGGUGCUGCAUUUAUUGCUGUCUGUUGGAGGAUUCAUCUUUCUGUACCACAAUGAUCAACAGCUGAAAGAAACUGAAGAAAGAAGCCUAAUAAAAGGUGCUGAAGCAAGAAAUCUGAGGGGAAAUGGAGAAAGAGCUGCUCUUUCAUCAGACGACCAGGAAACGGACUAUAGAGUCUUAGCACACAUGCUAGUUAAUUCACAAUCACACACUGCAGAAAAUAAACCAGGUUAUCUUCAGUGGGACAAGAAGCACUCCAUUCAGAAGAAAAUCGGCUUCUUCCGCAGCAGCUGGUUGACUAUCAUCCAGCCUGGAGAUUACUUUGUCUACGCCAGGGUGACCUUCUCCAAAAACGACCCUGUGCACCCUCUGGAAAGCAUAGUCAAGCUGAGGAAGAACAAUACAGGAAAUGAGACGGAUGUGAUGGCAGCCUACUGCGACCUGGACAGCAGUGGCUCUAAAAAGAUCCCUCGCAUGUGCACAGCCACACAGGGACAGCUGAUCACUCUGCAGGCAGGAAACCAACUCAGUGUCUGGGUGCGAAACCUCUUUCUGGUGAACUAUGAGGAUGGUGCAACAACAUUUGGGAUGUACAAACUGUAGGAUUCCUAUAUGAGCACAUGCAUGGAGCCAAGCGAAGGGUGGGAACUCAUUUAGUGAAUGGAUUUGGAUUUAAAUCUACUGAGAACACUGUUAAAUAGACUGGAUCAACAAUCUUUUUUUUUUUCGUGGAUUUGAGAGACAAAGUCCACAUUUGCAAACUAUAAUUUAUUAAAUCCGACAUAUUACCUGUAGUUUUUUUUUUAAAUCAUUGUUUCUGUAGUAGUAUUGCGAAUGGCUGUUUGUAGUAUUUAUUGAUGUAAAUGGAGUUGCAUGGCUGUGAAAUGAUAUUUAAAUAUUUCUAAUCCA